ACGGCGGCCGCGGAGAGCCAAGCUUCAUGAGUCAUGGCGGCGCACCUGAAGAAACGCGUUUAUGAAGAAUUCACCAAAGUGGUGCAACCUCUUGAGGACCUCUCGGCAAAGAAGCUCCGGCUGACCAAACCCAGCAAGUCUGCCGCGCUGCACCUUGACCUGUGUAAGGCCACCUCGCCGGCUGACGCCCUGCAGUACCUCCUGCAAUUUGCACGCAAACCCGUGGAGGCGGAGAGCGUGGAAGGAGUGGUGCGGAUCCUGCUGGAGCAUUACUAUAAGGAGAACGAAACGGCCGUGCGGCUGAAGAUUGCGUCGCUGCUGGGCUUGUUAUCCAGGACCGCGGGAUUUUGUCCAGACUCCAUCGUGGAUGAUGUGAUCAGUUCUCUCCAGAAUGAAAAGUCCCACCAGGUCCUGGCCCAGCUCCUGGACACUUUGCUGGAAAUUGGAAUGAAGUUACAGGACAAUGUCGCUCUCCAGGCGAGAUUGGUAGAUCUCGCCUACAAGAACCUUUCCGACACAUCCCAUGGAGUGAGGAUCAGGUGUCUGCAGCUUCUGGGCUGUCUCGGGUCUGUGGAUAAAAGCCCCCUAAAAGAGGCAGAAAUCGCACAAACCAAAGACGUGCAGAAGAUAAUAGGCGAUUAUUUCAAUGAUCAGGACCCCCGUGUCCGGACUGCCGCUAUAAAAGCCAUGUUACAGCUCCAUGAGAGAGGCCUGAAGUUACACCAAGGGACAUAUAGCCAGGCUUGUAAACUGCUCACUGAUGACUAUGAACAAGUGCGUAGUGCUGCUGUGGAACUAAUUUGGGUUUUAAGUCAACUCUAUCCAGAAAGCAUUGUUCCUAUCCCGUCCUCCCAUGAGGAGAUCCGGCUGGUGGAUGAUGCUUUUGGCAAGGUCUCUCACAUGGUCAGCGAUGGAUCGUGGGUGGUCCGGGUUCAAGCCUGCAAAAUUUUGGGAUCCAUGCUGCAAGUCAGCCCCCAUUUCCUGGAGCAGACCUUGGACAAGAAGCUUAUGUCUGACCUGCGGAGAAAGAGAACCGCGCACGAGCGAGCCAAAGAGUUGUACAGCUCCGGGGAGUUCUCCAGCGGCAGAAAGUGGGGGGACGAUGCCCCCAGAGAGGAGCUAGACACAGAAUCUGUGAACCUGAUAGAGUCUGGGGCCUGCGGAGCAUUCGUUCAUGGUCUGGAGGACGAGAUGUACGAGGUGAGGAUCGCUGCGGUGGAGGCCUUGUGUCUGCUGGCUCGUUCCUCCCCCCCGUUCGCAGAGAAAUGUCUGGACUUUCUGGUGGACAUGUUCAAUGACGAGAUAGAAGAAGUGCGGCUGCAGUCCAUCCACACCAUGCGAAAGAUCUCCGAAAACAUUACCCUCCGGGAGGACCAACUGGACACAAUCCUGGCCGUACUGGAGGACUCUUCCCGUGACAUUCGGGAGGCUUUGCACGAACUGCUGUGCUGCACCAAUGUGUCAACUAAAGAAUGCAUUAACAUGGCCCUGGUGGAGCUUCUCAAGAACAUGUCCAGAUACCCCACCGACCGCGACUCCAUCUGGAAAUGUUUGAGGUUCCUCGGCUGCAGACACCCCACGCUGGUCCUGUCACUGGUCCCUGAUCUCCUGGGUACCCACCCUUUCUUUGACGUGCCGGAGCCCGAUAUGGACAAUCCAUCCUAUAUCGCUCUUCUGGUUUUGAUAUUUAAUGCUGCAAAAACCUGCCCCACCAUGCCAGCCCUGUUCUCUGACCACAUGUUCCGCCACUACGCCUACCUGCGGGACAGUCUGUCGCACCUGGUCCCUGCACUCAACCUGCCUGGAGUGAAGUGGUCUUGGAUUCCAGAUGUGGAGCCUGGCUCCACCCAUGAGGAUCCAUCUCAGCAAUUUCUACAGAACAGUCUGGAGCAUGUUCAUAACUUGCAGAAUCUGGGGACCCAGGGGUCACAGGAGCUCCUGGAAUAUACUAUCCGGUAGGUGGUGCGGAUCGGCGAGCUGCAGUCUGAUCUGGCUGGCAAGGCAGAUUUCUCGGCCACCUACCUGCGCUGCCAUUUGCUACUCCUAAAGGCACUGAAUGAGAAGUUGUGGAGUCUGGCGGCUCCUCUCUACGUGAAGCAGAAUUCCCUUGCUGCAACCGCUGUGAAACAGAUCCUGGAAGAGACGUACAAGAUGGAGUUUAUGUACAGCGGCCUGGAGAACCGCCAGGUAGCCAUUAUACACCACAUGAGGCUGCAGGCAAAUGCCCUUCAGCUCCUUGUGAUCGCCCGGACUACUAAAGGGGAGGAGCCUAUGAUGGGCCGGUGCGAGCAGUUCCUGCAGGAGAUAGACGUCUUCCAGAGCUUUGUGGACAAGCUGCUCGAUCUGAUGCCACGUCUGGUUAAUUCCAAGCCUCUGGAGAUGGUGAAAAUCCUGCAGACGACUCUACGGCAAAGCAGCUUCCUGCGCCUGACGCUUCCAGAGCAGAUCCACAGAGCCUCAUCGCACAUCAUUGAGCCGGCUGCCGAGUCCGAUAACCCGAUCCGGUUCACCUCCGGGCUGGUUGUAGCUCUGGAUGUUGAUGCCACGUUGGAGCACGUUCAGGACCCGCAGAGCACUGUGAAAGUCCAGGUCGUGUACCCUGACGGGCAGGUGCAGAUCAUCCACCCGAAACCGGCAGAUUUCCGGAACCCGGGCCCCGGCAGACAUCGGCUGAUCACACAGGUGUAUCUUUCUCACACGGCAUGGACAGAGCCGUGUCAGAUCGAAGUCCGUCUCCUACUCGCCUACAGCUCCGGCCGCAGCAGAAUGGUAAACCGAUCGUGUAAGCCGGCGUGGGGGGAGAGCAUGGACGGCCUGCCGGCCCCGGACAGCUCCAUAGAUGGCACCAUACCCUUCAGCAAACCCGUCAAAGUCUUCUUGAUGCCCAAACCCGCCCGGCGGUGACCUGCAGACGGGUACAGACUCCUAAGCCUAGCAGUGGCAAAAU